ACCAACAGGAAGACCUACCUCCAUACCAUUUAUCAGAACAUUCCAUCCAAGAGAUCACUAGUUAAUUGCGAAAAGACAUCUCCGUGUCAAACACAUUACAAUGAAACCUGGCGCAGGCAACCACCUGCCGUCAGAGGACACAUUGAAACAGUCCCGUCCAUUUUUACAUAGUUAAGACCCCUCCCUAGCAACCACCUGUCUUCCCCAACCAGAAACCACUUUUUUACAGUCCCAAAGGGGCAUUCAACCUACCCAAACCAACCAAAAUUGAUUGACAGCAGCUAGAAGCCACUUUAUAUGCGGAAUUAUGUGGGAAGAGUUCCCUUGGACUUUGAGACUUGUUUUCCUUAGGUUCUUUAUUAGUUACGUCUUGGUAAUGUUAGUUAGUGUCACAUGUAUUGACAUUAGCCAGGAUUGCCAUACAUGCAUUGAUCAUCCGACCAUCGACCAACCUGCCCUCAGCAACCAUUUUUACUCGGUUGCUCAGGACCAGACGACAGCACGAAGUUUGGUCACACUAAAAUGACACUCAGUCUGGCAGGCCAACAUCGCCUUUAUGGACUCGGCACCGUGUUCUUGGGUUCAAAGGAGCGCUUAGUCACCUUAAGCUUGAUCUUGAAUUUGAUAUGCCUGUGAACUUGGGCGCACUGAAAAGUCGCAAUGUUUACGUGCUUCUACUAUUAUGUCUUUUGUAAAGUCUUCUUUGUGUAACAACAAAGGGAUUAGCGGGUUCCAAUAUAUAUAGGCAUGCGUAGACGCACAUAUACACACGCACAUAAAGGGUUCCAAAGUAUCUUAUAACGCAGAGGUGGAGUUUAUAUAAACUUGUCUCCCUCAAAUCUGUUUCUGGCUAUCAUGACGCAGUUGAGCUCCAGCAUGGACGGCAAAUACUUUCUCAUCAUCAUCGCGUUUGUUGCAGUCACCAGUUUUGAUGGAUGCGAAGGUGGUUUCUUGUGCCACGGUCCAACCAAACUGAACUGCACCGACAUGAUCGGCUGCGUCAAAGCCACGGACCGCUGUAACGGAGUCAUCGACUGCUGGGACCGCUCGGAUGAAGAAAACUGCAGACUGUCUUGCUUCUGCUAUGGUCAUUCCAACAAGUGCGCUGCCGAAGGCGUCUGUGAUGACUGCCAGCACAACACAGCCGGCGCACGGUGUGACCAGUGCAAGCCCGGCUACAUCGGCAUGGCCACCCGGGGCACCCCGUACGACUGCCAGCCCAUCCAGUAUGUGCAGGUGGUUCAGCAACCGCUUCAGCAGGUGAUGCAGGUGGUUCAGAAACCGGCCCAGCAGGUGUUCAUGCAACCAGUCCAGGUCAUGCAACCCCUGGCUGUCCGACUGCAGCCCAUGGCUUACCAAGUCAAGCAACCAGUGCAGGUGCAGCCAGUCGCCAUGCCAGUCAUGAUGCGUCGUGGCAAGAAAGGCUGACCAAUAGCAACCGUCUGUAGGGCGUGUUGACGUGACGUCAUUGGUUUGUUUGCUGUAUUUUGAAGUCCUGUAUGCAAAUGAGUGAAUCGUUAUGACGUUAUGGCGCUCUACAUCAGUCACUUUUACUCUUGAUUUUGUGAUGAAUUCAAGUAGAAUACAAUCAUUUUGUGACUUACGCUGCUGUCUUACGACGAUAGAGCAAAUUUUGCACGUUGUUAAGCUCAGAACUAUGUUGCGAGGUUAUUGACUUUUCGAGUACAUUUCCACUACUGGAUUUAAUCGUGUGACAUUGAAGCAAUGGAAUGCAUGGAAUUUGAUGCUAACGUUAUAAGCAGUGUUAUUAACAGUGAUAGUGUUGUGAGCUUGUGGUUAAGUAUAUGCUCCUCUUAAUUUUUCUCAUACCUUUUUGCAAUGUUUGGAGUAAUUAAAAUGCACAAAGAAGUAAUUCAAGUCACAAACAUUUUUAAAAAAACUGGCGACAAGUAAGAAAAAUGUACCAAACUAUGACUUGUACUUGACAAUGUCUUGCGAAAACAGUACGCAGGUUGUGCAUUGUGAAGCUCAAUAUUCACGUUGCUAGAAAAAGUAUUUUUCUGUUUAAUACAUUUCUAUAGCUCCACCGCUGGAUUUA